AGUGGUGUGUUACCAUGUCAGGUCUGUACUUUGGUUCGUAGUAGCCAAAAUCUAUUGGGAACGAAUUAAUAUGGUUCUAGAAUUCCGAUACAUGUAUUCAUUUUAGUUAUCACUUUUGAUUCUAUCUAUAUAAUCACUUCUACACAAUCUCUUACUAUUAUGGGAUCCAAAGUGGCCCAUUAUUAUAAUAAGCUUUCAUGUAACAAUUCAAUUGCGUCAAUGCAGCCAAAUUCUAUUGCAAACACAUUUUAGGGUUUCUUUUCUCUUUCUCCCAACAACAAUGGCCAAGAAAAAGAUGAAGACUCCGAUUGAUCGUGUUCCCAAACAUUCUCAACAGCCUAGAAGUUCACCUCCUAAACGCCGCACUGAUUUCUCUUUUUUCAAUCGUGCUCCUCCUUCUUUUUCCAACUUUGCUAUUGAUUCCUCGCCUGGUUCAUCUUCUGACGAAGUGAGAUUGUCCAAUGUCACUGCAAGCAGUUCGCUAGAGAGAAGAAUGAUGGUUAAACAAUUUUAUAAAGAGGCCCUGGUUCGAUGCAGCAAGUACCAAGAGGGUAGACCCGUCUGUUCAUCCGAGUCUUUUGAUGUUUCAGUUGCAGAAUUGGAUUCAGUUGACCUUUGCGGCAAUAGGGAUGCUUGUAUUAAGAUGCCAGAAUCUACCCCUCGUGAAUCAUCUGUCAGUGAUAAUAGUUCUCCUGCUGUAACCCCUGGAAAUGUCAUAUGGGCAAGAACAACUUGUAAAAUGUGGUGGCCUGCUGAGGUCAUGGAAGAAAGAUGUGCAUUAUCUGACUGUGUUACUGAUGGACAUGUUUUAGUGCAGUUUUAUGGAAAUCAUCCCAGUGCUUGGAUUGAUCCAGCGACAGAUAUUUCAAUUUUUGAGGAUUCUUUUGAAGAGAGGAGCAAUAACCCUUCAAAUGAUUUUCAAGUUGCUCUAAAGCAAGCCUUGCAAAGGAAGAUACAACUUAGUUCUUGCCAAAAUUUGAGUCCCGAUACUUCUGCUCACUCUACUCAGCAUGAUCGUUCAUCUGGUAAAUAUACAUCGCCUAGCUCAAGCAGAACUAUCAACGAAUUUCAAGAGAGACGAAGGGGGAAAAGAGAACGGAAACCCAAACUUCAUUUUGAUGAGGUGUCAUAUCCAAUAAAAACAGAAAAGAAGGACCGUCGGUUAAAGAUAAUGCGGUACCUCGGCCUUGCACCUCCAGUUGGUUCUCCUUUUUGAACAUGCUUACGAGUGAAGUAAUGAAUAUUUCAAAAAGAGUGUUAUCAACACACUCUUCUCAAUACACAUUAGUUGAAAUUCAAAUGGAUCUUAGUAAAUCACGCAGGUUCCACGCAAUUGAGACAAGUGUGUUGCUAGCAUACAUAUUCAUAUUUCAAAUAGUGUCCAUCCUAACCGCUCGAGUUUGUUCUUUUUUUUAACUGUAAUAAUCUUGCGUUCAUAAUUCAAAAUUUGCUUCUAUGUCUUGCCAUAAACCUAGUAACAAUACUUUUAUGGAUUAUCUAGUCUCCUAGUUUCAUUAUUAUCUGUAAAAAUCAUAUAAUUUGAACGACAAUAUGAAGGAAUGUAUUCAGUUAUCCUAUAAAAGUUGCAUUUGUCA